GAAUGGACGAUCUUUUUAGUUUUUCACCCGAAGUGAAGAUCAGAGGAUGGGGAUUUCUCAAGAUUCGUGGCAUAAGAGGCGGGCUACUGGCGGUAAAAGGCCGCAACCGCGUAAGAAGCGAAAGUUCGAACUUGGUCGGCCAGCAGCGAACACGAAGAUUGGUGCAAAGAGAGUCCAUCUGGUUCGCACACGUGGUGGCAACACCAAGUUUCGCGGCCUCAGGUUGGACACCGGUAACUUUUCCUGGGGUUCUGAAGCAUGCGCGAGAAAAACCCGAAUCAUCGACGUAAUGUACAACGCAAGCAACAACGAACUUCUCCGAACCAAAACCUUGGUAAAGAACGCCAUCAUCCAAAUUGAUAGCACACCCUUUCGCCAAUGGUAUGAGGCUCACUACACCGUACCCCUCGGGCGCAAGAAGUCCGCCAAGUUAACGGAAGCCGAGGAUGAAAUUAUGAACCGCAAGCGUUCCAAGAAGACGCAGAAGAAAUACGAGGAACGCAAGAAAGAACCGAAGGUUGCCCAAGCAUUGGAGGAACAAUUCAACCAGGGUCGGAUACUUGCGUGCAUUUCAUCACGACCCGGCCAAAGUGGUCGAUGCGAUGGUUAUAUCUUGGAGGGAAAGGAACUCGAGUUCUACCAACGCAAGAUUAAAGCGAGAAAGGGAAAGUAAACGUCUCGCUAAUCAUGUUCAAAUAAAAAUAUAAAGAAAACAGAA